AUGGCGUCGUGGGCGGAGCAGCUGGAGCGCGAGCUCACCGGCCGCGGCCUCGCCGUCGGCUUCGUUCCCGGCAAGGGCCGUGGCCUCGUUGCCACCCGCAGCUUCUUCCCAGGGGAAGUCAUCAUUUGCCAAGAACCCUACGCCUCUACGCCUAACAAGAUCUCGGUUGGGUCGACCUGCGACCAUUGCUUCGCCUCCGGGAAGAUGAAGAAGUGCUCGGGUUGCCAGCUUGCUUGCUACUGUGGGAGCGGGUGCCAGAAAGAAGAAUGGAAACUUCAUCAACCUGAGUGCCAAGCGAUCUCAGCGCUUACAGAAGAUAGGAAGAAGAUGCUUACUCCUACAAUUCGUUUAAUGGUGCGGCUUAUACUAAGAAGACGACGACAAAUUGAAAAGGCCAUUCCAUCUUCAGCAACAGAUAACUACGAUCUGGUGGAUGCGUUGGAGUCCCACAUCUCUAAGGUUGAUGAUAAACAACUGGUCCUCUAUGCGCAGAUGGCCAAUCUUGUGCAGCUGAUUCUCCCUUCAGUUCAACUUGAUCUUAAGGAAAUUGCACAUACUUUUUCCAAGUUUGCCUGUAAUGCCCAUACCAUAUGUGAUCCCGAGCUGAGGCCCCUUGGGACUGGACUGUUCCCUGUCAUAUCAAUUAUUAACCACAGUUGUGUACCAAAUGCAGUUUUGCUGUUUGAGGGUCAGACUGCAUAUGUCCGCGCAUUGGAACCCUUAAGUAACAAUACUGAGGUAUCGAUAAGUUACAUCGAAACUGCAGCGACCACUAUGAAGAGACAGAAUGAUCUCAAGCAGUACUUCUUCAGCUGCAAAUGUCCCCGCUGUAUUAAGGAUUCUGAGGAAGAUGCUCUCCUUGAGGGAUACAUAUGCAAGGACAGAAAGUGUGAUGGGAUUCUGCUGCCUGACACAGGAAAGAAGGCUUAUAAUUGCCAGAAAUGUGGCAUUUAUAGAGAUGGAGAAGAGGUAAAGAAGGUUUCAAGUCAAAUACUAUUAUUAUCUGAUAAAGCCUCUUCACUGCUUUCAUCUGGAAAUAAUAGUGAGGCAGGUUCCGUGUACAAGGUCAUUGAGCAGCUAGAAGAGAAGCUUUACCAUUCUUCCUCAAUCCCUUUGCUGCACACACGUGAAAAACUCCUGAAGAUAUGUAUGGAGUUGCAAGAUUGGCAGACUGCAUUGAUGUAUUGCAGAUUGACGAUUCCAGUUUAUGAAAGAGUUUAUCCACCUUUUCAUCCAAUGACCGGAUUACAAUUUUAUACAUGCGGAAAGCUUGAAUGGUUGCUUGAGUACACAGAGGAUGCUCUAAAAUCUUUAACUAGGGCAGCAGAUGUACUUCAGAUAACACAUGGUACAAAGUCCCAGUUCAUGAAGGAGCUAUUGGGCAGGCUGGAGGAAGCAAGGGCUGAAGUUUCGUUUAAGCUAUCUUCGAGAUGAGCAAAUCUCAUGAGAUUGCUCAUCUCGAAGAUACAACUCACUAUGAGAAAAUAGGGACUAGCCGUCGUGACAUUGUUCACAUAAAUGAUAGAAUCACGUGGGCAGUGCUUGAAGAUACAAAGUAUGAUGGCGUACUUAUGAUGGCAUUGCGAUGUAAGAUUGUCAAGGGGUGGACCAUGUUCGCCACAAACAGUCUGCCUUUGUGUUUUGUUGCAUUUACAAGAUGUUAAAGUUUUGUAAAAUGAUGUAGCAAAAUUAGCGACUUUAUUACUUCUUUGGGCGUUUUUUUUCCCUUGAAGAUGCUUGACUUUCUA